GACAUACAGUACGCCGGGCUUUCUGGUUCUCUGCGGUGAGUGGUUGGCGAACCUGGAUCAAUUUCUGAGCUGCGGAUACUGUGCUUGACUGAUUGGAUGAAUCUGGAAACAGCAACUCCCUUCCACCAAUCGUUCUCUCCUGCAGCAGCUUGUGUGCAAAGUGCAUUUCAUCCAUCCACUAGCCCACUGCAGAAACCUUCAGCAUCAUUCUGUCUGAUCUCACAUUACCUGCACUAACCUGCCUUUCUUCUGCACAGGGUAUCAUCUGGCAACAUGAGCCGUGGAUAUUCAGAAAACAAUAAUUUUCUCUAUGACAAUAACCAGAUGGUGUUGGAUAUGAUCCUUUAUUCUCUUGUUGGUGUUCCCCAGCCCAUUAACUGGGAUAGUGUAGCCAGGCUGGUCCCAGGAUAUACUUCAAAAGAGUGUGCCAAACGAUUUGAGGAACUGAAGAGCAGUGGGACAUCUCCAGUUGAUAACCAAUAUAACCCUUUAAUGGCAACUGGAGGAAUCCCUUUAGAAAACCUUGCCACGUAUAUCAAGUCUUCCUUACUGGAUUCAACUGAGGAACAAGAGGAAGCAGCAAUAGGACACAGUACUAUCUCCAUAACAGGAAGGUCUGGUGCUGUGACAGCGAGAAAUUCUCAGACUGAAAAUGACAAAUCCGUAGCAACAAUGAAUGGCGAGAAAACUGAAGAGAACCAGGGGCCAAAUAUGGUAAUCCAUGUGUGUGAUGAAGCCAAAAGCCUGAAGGAGGACUUUGUGUGUCCACGGGAUCUUCUGAUAUCAGAGAUGAAGUACUUUGCCGAGUACUUGACCACAGAUGCACAAAGGUGGGAGGAAGUAGACAUAUCUGUUCAUUGCGAUGUGCAGAUCUUCGAUUGGCUGAUGAGAUACGUGAAGCGUAACAUGAAGGAAAAUGAAAAAAAUGAGGCUCCAAAGCUGGAACCCGCAAAUGUCAUCUCAAUCCUGAUUUCUUCUGAGUUCUUGAAGAUGGAUUCACUGGUAGAAGAAUGUAUAAUUUACUGCCACAAGAACAUGAGUGCCAUUGUCGCCACACCUUGCAACAUGAACUGCAUCAAUGCAAAUCUCCUAACACGAAUUGCUGACCUUUUCACCCACAAUGAGGCAGAUGAUGUGAAGGAUAGAAAAGAUAAGUUUAAAAGCAAAAUAUUCUGCAAGAAAAUUGAAAGAUUGUUUGAUCCAGAAUACAAGAACAAAGACUCUUCGGCAAACGCUUCAACACUCUAUAGAUGUUCUCUUUGUAAAAGACUGCUGACAAAAGAAGCUGAGCAAAAGAUCUCUUGUCUACCAGGGAAAAUUCACAUAGAUCAACAUGGAAAUAUUGUGUACUUUCAUAUCAGGGACAAAACAUGGGACAUUCAUGAGUACUUGGCAAAUUUAUUUGAGGAGCUAAAGUCGUGGAGAGAUGUAUAUUGGAGAUUGUGGGGCACGAUAAAUUGGCUAACAUGUGCCCGAUGCAAGCAAUCAUUCCUAUGCUGUGAGCUGUCACAUUGCCAGUAUCACCCGGAGCCUGCAAUCUAUCCCAAUUCAGCAACUUCCCUUAGUUCGUCAGUAACUGGAAUCUACCCAUGCUGCAACCAAAAAGUUCUUCGAUUUGAUCCCGCUCAGAUUCCAAAGGGUUGUAAGGUGAGGGACCAUGUUAUAGGUAUGCCAGGAGGAGGUGGUGAAGAAGAUAUGACUCAAAGCCCUUCAUUUAAAGUGCUUUCUGACCUUCUUCAGCGCAGAGACAUAAUAGCUGUGCCUUUUUGUAAAGACCUAAAUGGAGACUCAGGAAUUCUUUUAAAUCAGGAUAAAAGUCUUGAAUGUGAUGCCCUUCUAGAGCCAAAUGCAUGGUGUGGACAGAAAACCGGAGAAUUCAGUGCUUUUCUUUCUCUAAAAAACUUCAGUCUACAGCUGAAGCAACAGUCCUUGUUGUCAGAAGAGGAGGGAUAUACCACUGGCUCCGAGGUGACUGAAGAUGAAGUUGGAGAUGAAGAAGAAGUAACUAAGAAACAAGUUGGGAGAAAAGAGAAGGCAAAGAAAUCCACAAGACAACCAAAAAAGCAGAUUUCUUCACCUAGCUUCCAUAAAAAGGAAAGACAACAGGAGAAGUCAUCCCGAGAUUCAUCUCCUUUUACAGUCAGUCAUCAAAGGAAUAAGUGGGAUGCCUCUCGUUCCUUGAGGUUUAAUCAGGAUACGCAAAGAGAAGAAGAUCAGCGAAGGAUGAUUGAAAUCACGGGUCACCUAAUAAAAAUUAGGCUUGGGGACCUGGAGAGUGUGAAAGCUAAGGAAGCCAAAGAACAAGCCGGAGGCAUAUACUCCAGAAUUGAAGCUCAGAUCAAGGCUUCUGUGCAAACAAAUUCAAGACAAAGCAGCACAGAGAAGAACCCAAGAUUUAAACCUCGAUUUGGUCCAGGACGGCCAACAUAAAAAUACCUAAGAAUCAAGUUCUGUAUAUACCCAGAGAAGUGUAAAGGGGAUUAUAUUAUCUGACUACUGGGAAGGGGGUAUUUAUUUUAAGGUUUUUUUUUUUUCUGAAAGCUUUGCAAGUUUUACUAUUUGAUUCAAUUUCUUAAAUAUUAUUUUAGCUGUAAAUGCUAAGCUUUUUUUUAAAUAAACUUAUUUAUAAAAAA